GUGAGAAAAAAAAAAAAAAAAAAAAAAAAAGAACUUUGGUUCUUGCUUCUUCCUUGUGUAGUAGCUGCUUUUAUUUGUUACAGAUAAUGGUUUACAUAUGGGAUCACUUCCAACAAAUAAGCUUUGUUCUACUCAUGAUGUUGUUGUUCGUGGCGGCAUCACCGGACUGCGACCAACCACAGUACUGUGGCAACUUGGAAAUUCCAUAUCCAUUUAGUACGAAGGAAGAGUGUUAUCUGAACGACAUUUUCUUAAUCACCUGCAAUAGAACUCACUAUAAUCCUCCAAAGGCAUUUAUCGGGAAUGGCAACGUUGAUGUAACCAAUAUAUCAAUCAACAACGGCGAGCUCCACAUCUCGCUUUUUGUAGCAAAAGAUUGCUACUCAGGAAAUGGUUCCCAGAGUGGCAGUCACAACGUGGUCACACUAGACACGCCUUUAUUCACCAUUUCCAACACCAAGAACAAGUUCAUCGCGAUUGGCUGCGAUACUAAAGCUCUUAUUUCUGGCAAAAUCGAGGAUGAAUUGUAUGAAGGUGGGUGCAUGGCGUUGUGUGGAAACAGUAAUAAAACUAUAAGAGACGGACACUGCGCCGGGAAUGGAUGCUGUGAGUUGGAGAUUCCAGAAGGCCUCAAAUAUUUGAAGUUGGAGGUUAAUAGCUUCAAGAACCACACAGAGGUAUUUGAAUUCAAUCCAUGUGGGUAUGGUUUUGUAAUCAAACAAGACCAAUUCCAUUUCUCCUCCAAAUACAUUUCUAACUAUGCACGACGUGAAGUUCCUUUGGUGCUUGAUUGGGCCAUCCCAAAUGGUACUUGUUCUAAAUCAAAUAACAAAACCGAUUGCAAUAAUAUAUGUGGACAAAAUACCCAAAAGAUUAGCUUUGUCAAUGAUUAUCGUUGCCAAUGUCUGCAUGGUUUCACUGGAAAUCCAUAUCUCCCUCAAGGUUGUCAAGAUGUAAACGAAUGCGAUGAUAAAAUGUUGAAUGAAUGUGAAUAUAAGCACUUGUGUAUCAACACACCUGGAAGAUAUACAUGCCGUUGUCCUAAAAAUUAUAAAGUAGAUGGAAGAAGCAAUGGUAAAGGAUGCAUCCCAACCUAUAAGGCCUUCGUUAAAUACAUCGUCGGAUGUACGGUAGGGUUAACAGUUUUAGUUAUUGGGUGCACAUUGUUAUGUUUGAGUUAUGCAAAGUGGAAGGCCAACCACGAAAAGAACAAAUUUUUCAAGAGAAAUGGAGGCUUAGUUCUUGAAGAACAUCUUUCUAAGUGGGAAUCACCAGUGGAGAUGUUCAAAAUCUUCACCCAUGAAGAAUUGAAGAAGGGUACAAACAAGUUCCAUGAAAGCGCAGUGGUGGGAAAAGGUGGUUUUGGCACUGUUUACAAGGGUGUCUUAGAGGAUGGUUUGAUAGUCGCAAUCAAAAAAUCAAAAUUAGUGGAUCAAUCACAAACUGAUCAAUUUAUUAACGAAGUCAUUGUUUUGUCCCAAAUUAACCAUCGCAACGUCGUCAAGCUACUGGGGUGUUGUUUGGAGACAAAAGUUCCGUUGUUAGUCUACGAGUUUGUAACCAAUGGGACUCUCUUUGAGCACAUCCACAACAAAACUAAGCAUGCCCCUCUUUCUUGGGAAAUUCGAUUGAAGAUAGCUUCAGAAAUUGCGAGCGUCCUUGCGUAUCUACAUUCUUCGACUUCUACUCCCAUCAUCCAUAGAGAUAUAAAAUCUUCUAAUGUGCUUUUAGACCAUGAUUAUACUGCAAAGCUAUCUGAUUUUGGAGCUUCAAAGCUAGUUCCGUUGGAUCAUACUCGGCUAUCUACAAUGGUGCAAGGCACUCUGGGAUAUUUGGACCCUGAAUACUUGUUGACAAGUGAGUUGACUGAGAAAAGUGACGUGUACAGCUUUGGAAUUUUGCUUUUUGAGCUUAUAACGGGAAAGAAGGCGGUGCGUUUUGAUGUGCCUGAAGAAGAAAGAAUUCUAGCCAAAAUAGUCCUGUGUGCGAUGAAUGAAGAUCAUUUUGAAGAAAUUGUUGAGGAGGGAUUAGCAACAGAAGCGACUAUCGAGGAGAUAAAAAAGGUGGCAAAGCUUGCAAAAGAGUGUGUUAAAGUAAAAGGGGAGGAGCGCCCCACUAUGAAGGAGGUGGCCAUGGAGUUGGAGGGGUUGCAAAUGUUGCAUGAUUGACUUUAUUUCAACAUGUUGGCAAUUAAGGUUUAAAUUUGAUCUGGAGGGAGGCAUCCAAUAUUUGAUCCCAAAGUCGAUAGUAAAUUAUUCAUAUUGGUUGACACAAGUCAAUUUGUUAUUAACUAGUCAACAAUAUGUGAUUCAUUAGAACGAGGCAUAUGUAAUGUUCAUUCAUUAUCAUGUGGUUUUUUAAAAUACCAAAUGCGUUGGGAUAAA